AUGUCUCUUCAUUCCUCAUUUGGCUAUGAUAGCCUUCGAACAAUUAUUUUUGCUAAAGCAAUAAAAGAAUGUGAAAUAAUAGAAAUUUAAAAUGAACAUUAUUUAUUUGAGAGUAGUUCUGAUAUUAAGAGUAGCAUCUCUUCGGAUUCAGAAAAACACUUAUUUGAUAAGGAAUUUAUUAUGGAAUCUCCUGAAUCCUUAAUGACAUUCAAUAAUCAAUAAUUUUCUCUCUCUUAAUUUAAUACUCAACAAUGA